AUGUACCUCUCCACAACCUUCAUCUCUCUGGCAUUGGCUGGCUUUAGUCAUGUUACUGCUCAAAGCGACGGUGGUUGGGACAAUGCGCCCGUCAAUGCUACUGGCAAAGUCAUCAUGAGGGGCUAUGAUGUGUCGAAGCCCUCAAGUCACCAAACAUCCCCUUGGUCUUGGAACGUCCGAGUUUCUGCUGCUUAUCCCAGCGAAAACGGCACAGUUCCAGCCGCCGAAGUUACCCUCUUGGAUGACACUAAGACAUCUGGCAAUGCUAUUGACGGCUGGAACCUAUGUCCCACUAUACUCUACACAUUAAAGAAGAGGAAUGGAAAACGUGUACCUGCUGAUUGCAAAGGUAUUGUGAGCGACAGCUGCCUGGAGCGUCUACGUAACUUCGAAGCCUUCCAACCCAAUGGUACUUGCUUGACGAGCCCCGGCGCCAACCUUUUGGGGGAUUGUGAGGUUGACCUUGGGGAAAGCGGUAAGAAAACACUUACUAUGCACUAG